AUGGCGACAAGAAGGACAACGUCAAUGUCCUUGUCAUCGACGGAUGAAUCUCGCUAUCGGAAGGAGGUCCUCCGACUCGAAGAAGCCGAAACCGAAGACAAUAUAGAAGAAAGACUCGUCGCCGAAGCAUCCGAACUCGGGUUAAAGAUACCCGAUAUCCAAAUCGCGGCUUCGCUUGCAGCGACUAUCAAUGCUGGAAUUCUGGAUCUUACUAUACCGGCGCCGCCAUCAGCUUCUUCAUCAUCCACUACUGGCUUGACCCGAAAUCGACCUUCGUUUACUCAUCCCCGGUCAUUUGCGGAUCUUGUUAGAUCGAGUGUCGCAUCCAUUGAUCAGCUUGCUGGCUCAUUAUCAGAGACGACUAUAUCCGACCGCGAUCACUCUGGCAGUAUACCGUCUAUUGACUCAUUAUCGACCCGGCCAACAUCAAUAAGUUCAUGUGAUGUCAGGCUCCUUCCGCCACAAUCAGCUCCCCAUGAGCGGCCUUCAUACUCGCAGUCACCACAGCAGAUUAGUUCACCCAGUUCGCCCACUUCGACGAACACAAGCAUCAGUGCAUUUAGACUUUCUGAUAGGAAACGCUCGAGUUUCAUCAGUGCGAUUGGCCGGCCAUUUCGGAAACGACGUACCCCAUCCUCUGUGAAUUUGCCUCCAAAUGCGCAUAUAAGUUUAAAGAAAAAUAGCGGGGGACGAGCGAAUACCGUCAUUGUGGAGACAAAUCCUGUUAAAACCGUUGAAACCGAGCGCCCGGAAAAGUCGCAAGGGCAGGGAACCUUACAAGUUGAAGUGCCGGUGUUCGAUGAAGCAGCUAUAAAGAGGACCAAGGAAGAUGGGCAACUGAAAAGAUUACUUGAGAAGCAUAAAGCCGAGAGAGCACGAUUUGUGCAAUUCCGAAAUGAGUUGUUGGACUCCUUAAAAACGGCGCAUUUGGCUGUCAUUGCGGAGAAAAGGCUGAGUAACGACCGGAUUGAAGAGGAGAAGAAGGAAUGGAACACUGAUUUCCUUGCACGAAUGGAAGAACGUCAAUUGUCGGUAGAAAUCGACCAGAUUAAAGAAUUCGAAAGAUCAAAAAGAAACUCGCAAACACGGAUCAAGUAUAUGGAAGGAUACGUCAAUACCUCCAGUCCGCCGCAAUCACCUCGUCUUUCAGGUGCUGGAUCGGGAGCUUUUGAGUCCAACUCGAAUGUCGCCCAACAACAAACACUCCGAAUGGUCACUCGCCGACAGAAAGAACAGCUGGCUCAAGAGUAUUUGGAUCGGGAUUCCAUGGAUCGACUGCACGAAGCACGUAUCAAGGUACUACGGGAACGGCAAGAGCAACAAUUACAAGAAACAACAACUCGACUCGAGAGAGAACUCGAUACUUUGAUCAGCAAGAACGCCGAAGCCGUAGCCGAACUCGAACGUGACCACCAGCGUGCAGAGCAAGAGAUGCUUCAAGUCCUCGACGCCAAAAAGAAUCAAAUCAGGCGAAGAUGGAAUAUCGAAGAAGCGAUUCUGCGUAAAAAGCUCGAGGAUCAGACCGGACUACCAUAUGGUCCGUUACCGAAUGUUUCUUUCAGUGUUCCUGAUGAUGAUGAUGAGAAUGAUGGCGAUGCCAGUUAUCGAAAUAAUAAUGACCGUGAGUUUUUGGAGUUGGAGAUACCCCUGUUGGAGAAUCCAUUUGCCAGGAAAGACUCAUGAAAUGGAGUCAUGAAAGCAAUAUAUAUAAAUACAUGGUUUGCUGCUCCAUAUCUUUUUCAUAUAUUCGAUUAUCUUGUUUCAUAUAUCACGAUAUACCCAGGGCGGCAUAUGUCUUUUUUCUGUUGUUAACUUUACCGAAUAUACCUAAAUAUAUGCAUUUUGAUACCC